AUGCUACGCUCCUCUGGGGCGGUAUCAGCGGCCAUGCCUAGCCGCGGUGACCGGAACGCUGCCUUCGGAAACCAGGAAUAUGAAGUUAUUUUGCCUCCGCUUCCAACCGGUCGCAUCGUUUUGAAUACUGUUUUCCUUCAUGCUGAUGUUCGAGGACGGCCAUACCGAGUGGAAGACAUACGUGACGCACUUGAAUAUUUGGGCAUGUUGCCUGACGUUGAAGCGUUAGGCGCAUACCAAAUGAACCACGUGUGGGCGGUGACGCUGAAGAACAACGAGGCGAAGAAGAAACUGCUUUCGGCAUCUCAAGUGUCAGUGAAGGAGCGGCGUUGCCUCGUGAUGGAUCCGAACAACCAGGAUAUACGACUAAAGCUACACUGGGUCCUUCAUCAUGUCGACGACGAAGACGUACGGACGGCGUUUGCACCGUACGGCAAAGUCACGGAAGUGUCAAGGGAGCGAUGGCGCACAGAAGGUCUAUCCGAGAAAGGUUCAACGACGCGGCUUAUAAGUCUGCAGCUCAAAGCAGGUUACACGAAAGAAGACAUCCCGCAUCAGCUGCGUGUAGCAGGUGAGCUGACCUUAGUAGUUGUUGCUGGAAGAGCUCCCCUCUGCUUACGAUGUAAACGAACAGGUCAUAUCAGACGUGAAUGUAGAGUGCCGCGGUGCACAUCGUGUAAGCGCUUUGGCCAUGCUGAGGAAGAGUGCGUAAAAACUUAUGCGAAGGUUGCGGGGCCCUCUGCAUGGGAUGAUAAAACAGAACAUCAGAUGGACGAAUCAGAAGCCGAGGAAGUUGCAGCUAGUAAAACGAGGGAACUUCAGCCUGUUGACACGUUUCCUUCGUUUCUACCAGCCAGUAGCGACAAACCGGAAGAACCUGUAAGCGUGCCCGCUAAACAACGCACUCCACACUCUGAGAAGUCAACGGCAACGCCCACCAAACCGAUGGAAAAUACUGUGAACUGUCAGCAAACACCAGUAGAAAACCCGAGCGUCAACUUGACGACAUGAUGGACACGAAGACUACCCCGUGGAAGAGAGCACGUGAGGAAACAGAAGCUGAGAACAAGACCCCGGUUGAGACCAAUACCGGCGAACCGCCUACAAAGACGGCCCAAGUCCGCCGCAUGUCCUUGAAGCCGAAGCCCAACAUACCACCGGAUCGCCACACCUCGGGAGGCCCAUAGCCUCCUGGUCCAACUAGUUGCCAGUACUAUGGCCGGCGAACUACACGCAAGAACUGAGCGAGGCCGAGCGGAAGGGUUUGAACCCCAAUGCCUUGUCCGCAAGGAGCCUGUGGUGUGUUCGCCCGUGACAGCCUCAAGGGCCAGCUAUCGAUAUAGUACUGUUCGCUGUCCGUUACAGAGCAAGGUGAGCGCCAUGCGGUCUGGUCUUUAUCCCCUAUAAAUGACGCUAACACUUAACACGCCCCUUUGUAUCGGCACACUAAACGUGCGUGGCUUAUCUUCAAAACGCAGACAAUACCAAGUAAAGAGAUUGUUGUU